AUGGCGAAGCGACGGCGACGGCGCCGAUGGGUCUGGGCGAAGCGGGAGAUGGCUCGUGCGACGGGCUUCUUCAGUGAAGAUGAGAUGAAGCAGCGAGACCCGCAGCUCUUCCACCACCUCGUUGGCCAGUACCAAGACACUACAGUGAAGCUGUCGGACCCCAUGCAAGGCAGCCUAAGCAACUACCUCCUCCAGCAGCUCGAGCGCCAGUGCGAGGACGAGCUUCGGAACGAGGGAGCUGGUACAGCCGGCGCGGAUUGCGCUCCAGCACCUGCAAAAAGGCAGCGAAUGAGCGACGAAGUCCAAGCUGGCGACAUGGAGUUCUCCAAUGAGGACUACUACGACCAGAGCGGCGACGAGGGUGGUGCAGGAUCGGACGAUGCUGCAGUCAGGCGGGCCAGAUUUCUGAAAGCCAUGCGGGAUCGGUUUGUGGAUGGCAUGGAGAGGAAUUUCAAUUACGCUGCCUUGGAUGAGGACUCGGACUUGGACGAUGUGGUGGAGCUUGGGAGAGAUGCGGAGGAAAAAUACUUCGAUGCAGAGUGA